AUGAAUGAGAACUUGAUUCAUAAACUUAACCGAACAUGGACGGUGUUCGUGGGGCCGCUACUGGAGGAAUUCUUGGGGUGGAAGUUGCCCCGGAGCCCUUCAUGCAAGGGAAGUUACACGCGCGACGACACGUUGCUUUCUUCUUCGACACGUAGUUCCUCCCCUCCGUGCCCACCUCGCUUCGAUCAUUUUGGCAAUCGUCCUGUUCCAUUCAGAGUUCAGGAAAGCCAGGUGAAGGCUGCUUCUCCUUUCCCUCCUCCUCCCAUGGAGCUGGAACACCUCUCAGCCGUUGCCAAGUCCGUCGUUGCUCGAUCCUCAGAGAUUCUAGAUACCUCUGUGAGUGAUUUUGUAGAUAGUUUUGAGAAAGGACUAAUAAAGGUUGGAACAAAUGAGAAUGGAAGAAAACUGAUUGAGUUCUGCUGCUCAAAGGUUGUCAGUGUUCUAUGUCCGUUCAUAGAUGAGAAGAUAAAAGAUGGGUAUUUCACCAGGCUUACCUUCGAUAUGAUGCUUGCAUGGGAGAAGCCUAGUUCCAUUGAUGAACGCCCUCACAUGGAAAGCAUAGCAAAGGAGCACGAAGAGAAGAAAAUGCCACCAGGAAUAGUGGAGCCAGAUGAAGAUAUCCCGCUAUUCUACUCGGAUUUACUGCCACUGCUUGUCGAUGAGAAGCUCAAUGUUGGUGAGGAUGCUUUUGCGUGGCUGAGCUCCGUGCUUCCUCUGGCUGCAGAUAUUGCAAAUGCGCGUUUCGUUUUUGAGACGUUGGCAGCACCAACUGCAAAUCGACUUCAUUUCCCAGCCUAUGAUAGAUAUCUCAGGGAGAUAGACAAGAGCAUCAAGAAACUGCCCCAGCAAACAGUACCAAAUGGAGCUGAGCUCAGAGAUGACGAAUUCAUCCUGCAUGUGGAAGGAACUGCAUCGACGCCACGAGUUGUGAGGCACAUAGGAGGGACAAGCUGGCCUGGACGGCUUACACUAACAAACUAUGCUCUUUACUUUGAAGCAUCUGCUGCGCUUUCCUAUGAAAAUGCCUUGAAAAUUGACUUGUCAAAUUCAGAAGUGGGUCACCAAGUAAAAGCAGCAUCUACAGGCCCUUGGGGUGCUCCUAUCUUUGACAAAGCUAUGGUCUAUGAGUCCACUCAGUUGCCUGAAGCUCUAGUAUUGGAAUUCCCUGAACUGACGAGCUCCACAAGACGUGAUCAUUGGCUUACCCUCACAAAAGAAAUCAUUUUGUUGCAUCAGUUCAUAUCACGAUACAAGAUAGAGGCUACCUACCAAAGGUGGGAGACACAUGGAAGAACAAUACUUGGGGUUAUAAGGCUCCAUGCAGCAAGGGAGAUGCUCAGGAUAUGCCCUCCCCCACCAUCCAACUUCUUGAUCUUCACCUUGUUUGAGGAGCUACCGAAGGGGGACUAUGUUAUGGAGGAGCUGGCUAAUGAGCUUAAGCAAAUGACGGAGAUUGGUCUGUGCAGUGUAACUUCAUUGCUAAAGGGUCUCAAUUUGGUCCAUCCCAAAGUUGUAGACAUGAACCUUGGGGAAGUGUUUGAUGAGACUGUGGCUGAUGACGGUGGUGAUGAAAAGUCACCUCUUGAGACCAAGGUAGAACAAGCGAGAGAAGAAGCAAAAGAUAUCAGAAUUGCAAAGACAAGUAUUGAAGGAUUGAAGGAAGAAAGCAUUGCUGAAAGUCUUUUGGUCACUAAGGAGUUGCUACGUCCACUGCAGAUGUUCUCACCUUGGCUACACGAAGUUCUAGAAUGGGAGAGGCCAGUGGUCACAGCUCUCAUGAUUUCCAUGCUCAUGUUGGUGGUAUACAAGGAAUGGAUAGGUUAUGCAGUAUCCACUUGCGUGUUGCUUAUGAUAGGACUUCAACUCGGGUUGAGGCACAAAGGAGUAAGAGAUGAACCCGAUGAAAUCAUAGUAAACCUGAGUAUGGAUCAGCCAAUGAUGGAGACUGUCAUUUCGGCUCAACAUGCACUGAAUCAGUUCCAUUCUUUCAUGCAAACUACAAAUAUCACGUUAUUAAAGAUCCACUCCUUGCUGAUCUCUAAAUCUCAGAAGCAAUCCAACGUUCUAAUGCUGACGAUGGCUUGGAUGGCCAUAAUGUUCGCGGUGCUGCCAUUUAGAUUGGUCAUAAUGGCGUCUAUAUUGUGCUGUUUCUUGGCCAAAUAUGAAGCCAAAAGAUCGAGAUCUGGCUUUAUUCCUGGCUCUGGUUCUAUAAAGAGGAGGAUAAAAGAGUGGUGGGAUUCAAUUCCUGUUACUCCUGUCCGCACCAUCACUUGAAUAUGUUGAUUUUUAUAUUCUAAUGUUAAAGUACGUGAGUACCAUUUUUGUUCCUGUAGCAUUGAACAUGGAAGAUGUGAUAUCGA